AUGAAGCUUGCAAACAAGUUACUCGAUAUAUGGAUUACCGACGGCAUUAAAAUCGAGAUUGAGGAUUGCGCGGACGCCAAAGAGGCUUAUGAUUUCAUCAAAAAGCGAUACGCGGUCACAAAUGAACGCGCACGCGACAUUCUGCUGAAUCGAUUGAACGAUCUCAAGCUAGAACACUGCCUAUCUGUGACCGACUACACAAAUCAAGUCCGCCAGAUCAAAGCUGAUCUCAAGACGGUCAAAUAUGACAUGACUGACGACAUGUUCGCAACCGCCCUUCUUCAUGGCCUUCCUCCUAGCUACCGCAGCUUCAAGGAGAAAUAUGAUUGGAUUAGAUCGACCAAACCUGACGAUUCACCUGAUCUGGACUAUCUUUUCGAACGCAUGCAUGUUGAAGAAAUGCACCAGCUUCAAAUAAAAGAAGAGAGAAAGGCCAGGGACAAAGCCAAAAGAGAUGCGAGCAACAGCAGCACCAUAAACAUGGACAACCCCACUCGUUACAGGUCGAGGCGGGAGGACAGAAGCCACCUCAAGUGCACCUAUCCUGGCUGUGGCAAGACUGGCCAUACCGAGGAAUAUUGCUGGGUUAAGAACCCCGAGAAAAUUCCACGAUCACUCAGAGAAAAAUUCAACAACAGGGCCGUUGUCACUGGCGGUAUGGGUGGUGUAGCGGAAAUGGAUCCCACCGAUUCCAAAGACACCUAUAUCCGGACUGAUACUCUAGAUGCAUAG